CGGAAUUAUCCCUGGCACAUGGCAAUACUGUACAUGAUUGGUGUUGUUCGUUGCCUUGUAAUCAUGGUGAUUGAUUCGGUCUGCCUCAAAUACGCGAAAAACUAUAGUUUCUGUUGACGAUGUAGAAAAAUCGUUGUAAUCUAUCGGUUGAGAAAAGUUUUUUACCUACCAAAACGUUGAAAUAAAGGGAAUAUAUACCCAUUGUGAAGUGCUUAAAUUGUGUGAAAAUAAUUUCCCAUAAUCCAAUAACUAUGUGUAAUGUACCACCUAAGUUCUAUCAAGUUUGUCGUUUAUGCCUUACUUUGGUCAAAGAGCAUGACGUUGAGGUGCUGCAAAUAUUUAAUUCAUCAUCAGCAACAGCUACAACUACGACGGCAGUGCCUUUUGGCAAUGAUAUUCAAACAAAAGAAGCCCCUGCAAAUGCAAAUAUCCUCGGCCAACAGUUUCACCAUCACCAUCACCACCAUCAUAUUCAUCCUCAACAAUUUGGGAGGCCACAGAGCAGUUGUAGUACAAAAAAUGAUUGUGGCUCUGAUAACCAAUCUCAAUCGCCUGUACCAGUUUUCAAGAGUGAGGAAGAGAUAUCAGAUAAUAAUCUAAGUACACUCGUGCCGAUUGUGCCUUCUUCCAUUGUUGCAACUGAUACUUCUACAUAUGGAAUCAGUCAAUUGAUGUCCAAAUCAUUGAAAAAUAACGAAGCGGGGGACUUUUCAACGUCUAAUACACAAAUACAUGCAGAAAACGCCACACAUGUGAAACACAAGAUUACAUUAUCCAAUGAUAACGAAGAAGGCAAAAGCAAUGAUGGCAUGUCUCUGGGAGAGGAGGUGUUCAAGAAGGAAAACCAUGAUGAUUCAUCACCACAUAUUACCAUUCAAAUACUCAGCUGUCUCUCUAUAAAGAUUUCACGAAAUGAUGGCUUGCCAGCCAUUGUAUGCCGCAACUGCAGAGCUCAAUUGAAUGCAUUUUGGAACUUUCGAUUGAUGGCUCAAAAGGCAGAUUUUACGUUAAAGGAGUUAACGAAAUUUUCUAAACAGAAUUCUAUGGGAAGUGAUACCCAUUUCACAAGCAUUUCAAGAUCACCACCAUGCGGAAAGUCUUCUUCGGAGAGAAUGGCAGCCAAGGCUUUAACAGAAUUAAGUAAAUCAUCAAAAAGUUAUUUUGGUGGAUAUAAACCAAUAAAUCCUACUGCCGAAAAUUAUGCUGAAGCUUGUACAUUUAUACCAGCUACCGUAGCCGUCGCUAAAUCGCUUCAAAAGCCGAAUAUAAACGAAAAUGAUGACAUUUACAAUACAGCGUCCUGUUCUUCGAAAACUCCGCCCAUAAUGAAGAAAUUAAGUGCGCUAUCACCACCACUAGCGCCACCUGCACCGCCUCCGCCUCAGCCGCGUUCAGGCGAACUUAAUAAUUCUCUAACUGCGCCUGUAGUAACAGCCAAAGCAACAGCAACAACACCUACGACAGUAAUUACAACAACGGAAGAAAUGUUGGGAAAUCAAACGGCCGCAGCGUAUUAUUCCAAUGAUAACCCCUUAAAAUAUGAUGGUGUCAUUUCGCCGAAUACAAUUGCAAAUAAUUUGAUAAAUAUGAAGAACGAGAAUUUACCGAAUAUUGAGAAAAUUAGAAAUUUGCAACAAAAACUCGAAACGGCUGCUGUGCUUAUGGAUAUUAGUAAAAAAGUGAUCAUAUCACCACCAUGCUCGAAUCGCCAGUCUCCAAAUCUACCUUCAAUGCAAACAACAGAUGAAAGUAUUAAAAAUUCUGUGAUAAAAACUGAACGUCCAUCAAAUGAAAAGACAACAACAGUAGUAACAUCAACAGUUACAACAACACUACAAGAUGGAAAGGAAAUAGACUUAUCAAUUAAAAAGCCGAAACUUGAAUUCUCAAACACUCAACAAACAGCAACAAACGUAUCUCAAUUACUUCAUUACACUCGUCCUACAAUACUCGAAUUGCAACAACAGCAUCAACACCACCAACAACCACAACAAACACAUACCCAACCUGUAAAUUUAGAUUUAGAAAAUGCAAGUAUUAUUAAAGGAGGAAUUGAAAAUACAAGUAUACCUUGUAGUAGUACUCAAUUACCAAUACCAAAUAGAAAGGAAACACCAGCAGCCACAGCAGCUGUAGGCGCAGUAGCUUACACAGACUCCGAUGAGAGUUCCGAUUCGAAUCGUUUAGAAAUGGAUAUGAGUUCAAUGCUAAAUGAACGCAAAUCGCCGGACAGUAUAACAUCAGAAGAGCAAGUAACGGAUAUUGCGACCACACAAUUGUGGCAGGCGCUUGCCAGAUCGGCUGCAAAUAACGAAAAUAAUCAGCUACUCCGGCAUAUGAUACAUCAAUCGCUAGUAUUCCCUGCGCCGCCAACUGCAAUAUCAGCUGAGAAUGUACCUGAGCAACCGAUGGCAUUACUGAAGAAUGAUAACCUAAAUAAAUUGUGCCGAAGAAAACAAACAUGUCCGACGAAAAAUGAUGCAAUCGAACAACUGCCCAAUGUGUUGGCUGUUAAUGCUCAAAAUCUCGAGAUUAAUGCCGGUACACAUAAUCAUGUUGCUGUUGCGGCCGCAGCUGCAGCGGCAGCUGCAUCAAUGCAAGAGAAAAAGAACAACAAGAAUGCUGGCGCUGGCACUGCUGGCAUAAUAAAUAAUCCAAAAGAUAUGUCUUGCUCCAAUUGUGGUACACUUACUACGACUAUUUGGAGACGUAGUAUUCGUGGUGAAAUGGUAUGCAAUGCUUGUGGUUUAUACUUUAAAUUGCAUGGCGUUAAUCGGCCGCAUUCGAUGAGACGCGAUACGAUACACACACGUCGAAGACGUCCGAAGGAAUGUGAAAAAUCGAAGAAAAAAAACAAACGCUCAAGCUCGCCUUCCGAAGUAUUAUGUAAAAUGCCCGUCUGUGGUACGAGUGGCUCAGGAGUUGAGCUCAAGCAGAAUGUGUUUUUAACUGUUGAAAAUCCAGAGACAUCUGUUUUAGCUUUUGCGAAAUUCAAGCGACACAUGGACGAGGAACAAGCGAAUAUGAUAAAAGAGGGAUUGUUAAAGAAAAAGAAACUACAACAAGGUUCGAUUGAAGUAAAAUUCAAUCAAAUGGACGAUUUUUUAGUACCUCUCAAUCUUGUCUCCAGUGAAAAUAAUACUAAGUUAACAUAAAACGCCAAAUCAAAAUAACAAGAAAGCAGAAAUUACAAAGAAAAAAAUAAGUUACAAAACACAAAACAAAAAAAAGGAGAACGUGAAAAUUUAGCAAGUAGAAGACUAUGAGUGCCGCGCAAGCAAGAAAGGUAGCAAACGCAAAACGCAAAUUACAAAAAAAAAACGAACAUAAAAUUAAAAAAAAGAAAAUCUGAAAUUGUAGAAAUCAAAGAAAACGGGGAAAAAAUUACACACAGAGCAGAAACAGUAAGAAAAGUAACCAAUACCAAAACAGAAAUGAAAUAAUGUUUAUAUAGAGUGGAAGGUAAAGCGAUGUUUUAACAUUAAUUAAUUCAUUAAUUAAUUUAACCAAGGGCAUAUAUACUUAAAUACAAUUUUAUAAGUUAAUAAUUUAUUGUAAUUAAAAGUAAAAAAAAAAAUCAAAAAAAAAAGAAAAAAAUCAAAGCUUCAGUAUUUUUUGAACCACAAUGACAAUGUUUAAUACUACCCCUUAAUUAAAUAAUAGGAUCGCUUGUUUUAGUACAUACAUACAUAUUAAUUGCACAUGCUUAUGUAUGUAUGGAAAUAAGAGUUGUACAUAUUUAAAAGCAAACAACAACAAAAAGAGCAGUUUUGAAUCUUAACGAGAAAGAAAAUAAAACAAAAACGAUUGAAAAAUCACUCAAAAAAUAGAUAAUACACUCACUCACUUUAAAAUCUCUUGCCUAUAUGCGAAUCAUGUGAUAAUUACUUACAUUUAAUCUAAUAAUAUCGAACUUAUUAAUCUUAUUAAAAAAAAAAAAGAAAGCAAUACAAAUUUCACAUAAGUACAGGGUGUUUUAAUUCGCAUAUAUUAAUGGACAAUCACAGAAAGGUCUUAUUACUCAAAGUUCAAACCUUGUUUUUCUCAAAAGAAAUAAAGCAUAUGCGUGCGCACGUACAAACAAACUCAAGGUGCAUGUGCAUAUACAUAUGUAUGUACAUACCUCUGCAUUGUUGUAGUAUGCAUGCAUGUGCUUACGAGCAUGCAAAAAUUAAUAUUAUGAGAGUAAUGUCUAACAUUAGCAUCAACAACAACAACAACAACAACAGCAUAUUAAAUAUGUAUAUUAUGUACAUACUCAAGUACAUUUAAUAAAUUUGUAAUUAAGCUUGUAAUCGUCCCUAUUUAUUACAUAUACUUAACUUACUGUUCACGGUAGUGCACCAAAAACAAACAAAAAAUAUAUAUAAUGAUAAUUAAAAAAAAAAAAAA